AUGUCAAGUCUGUCCUAUCGACAUCCACCCCAAUCACAUUUUCAGCAACCUGGCAUCGCCGCCCCAGCUCCAGCCAUGUCCCAACGUUUCUGUCUCAGAUGGAACAACCAUCAGUCCAACCUUCUCUCAGUUUUCGACCAACUGUUGCACGAUGAGAGCUUCGUCGAUGUGACGCUGGCGGUGGAAGGCCAAUUGCUAAAAGCCCAUAAAAUGGUCUUGUCAGCUUGCAGCCCCUACUUCCAAGCGCUGUUCAUCAACCAUCCAGACAAACACCCCAUCGUCAUACUCAAAGACGUGCCCUACAUAGACAUGAAGUGUUUGCUGGACUUCAUGUACAGAGGUGAAGUAAGUGUCGAUCAGGACAGACUGACGGCUUUCCUGAGGGUGGCGGAAAGUCUAAGGAUAAAAGGGUUAACCGAGGUUAACGAAGAAAAAUGUGAUACCAUAGCUUCCUCGCUCACACAACAAAACCUACACAACUUGCCGCAUCUGCAGCGUCUACAGCAAAACAAGCGGUACGGACACAACCUCAACAUGUUGAGUAACGCAUUGUUGCAACCGAAAAGAAAGAGAGGCAGGCCUCGAAAAUUGUCCGGUUGCUCCAAUGGUCCCGAUGAUUUCGAUAAGGAUAUCGUGCAGGGCAGUCCUGAGAUGUUGGAGGUCAAGAUGGGGAUGGACAAUUUCAAUGAGAACUCGAACGGGAGCGUGGGGAAACUUGAUAUUGACGAGAAGGAGAUUAAGGAGGAACAGGAACCUAUGGCUGGGACGUCGAACGAGGAAAGUAUGCAACAACACCAGCAGCCAAUGUACAAAAAUUCUGAAGAGUUUCAGUCUUCCGAUUCUCCGAUAACCCAAAAACUCCUGACAGUCAAAUCGGAACUGUUCGACCGCACCAUCAAAUCCGAGCAAUUCGAAAGCACCGACCACUCGUCGCCGAACACGCCCGAGUCCUCCCGAAUCAGCACGCCCGACAACCUCAACAACAACAACAUGACAACCACGCCGUCCACCAGCUCGAUGCUGCUGCCCAACAUGCUCCCCAACAUGACAAACCCCACCGCCAUGGGGGCCCCAGCGGGCAAACAGCCCCCCAAAAAGAGGGUGCGACGUCGGGCGAUAUCGCACAGCCUAGACCCCGCUGAGCACUUGACGGAAAUGUCCGUCAGAGGGCUGAAUUUGUUCCGCUACGCGUCUAUAACCGACGGCAUUUACCAGUGCACCGAGUGCGCCAAAGUCGACGUGCAAAAAACCUUCAAGAACAAGUACAGUUUCCAGAGACACGCCUUCCUCUAUCACGAGGGCCACCAAAGAAAAGUCUUCCCGUGUCCGGUUUGUCAGAAGGAGUUCUCCAGGCCGGACAAGAUGAAGAAUCACAUGAAGACGGUGCACGACUGCUUCAUGCCCAAGGACGUCGUUUUUCCCGCCAUGUUUUUUCCCACUUUGUAAGUGAGUCGAGAACGACGCUGGUCGUCUGUUCCGAUGGGUCGGGUUGGCCGUGGAAGUCGUGGCCGUAUUGG